GCGCAAGUAGGCGGGACUGGUUGGGUUCCGGUGCUGUGCAGAUCGGUGAGUGGUGAGGAGGGUCGUGGGCCCUGUGGGCCGGAAGGCAGGGAGGGUUGGGGCGAGCUCUCUGUCCCGCGUGUCCCUAGACUCUCCACACACCGAACAACCGUCCUGCGGCCUUCCGGCCUUAGAGCCGCUCGAGGGCACGCGGUAGCGUGGAGCCAGAGAGGUGGUGGUGGCGUCCUCGCGGGGCGAAACGCCAGUCCCGGACCGAGGACGGCGUGGGCCCUCCUGGGCUGGAAGAGUGCAGUGCAAUCUCUUCCUAGUGUGCGGAGUAAACAUGGCGCAUUCCCAAAACUGCCACCUCACCUCGCAGACACUCAGGUUGUAAUCCUUAAAUCUCCUUAGGCUCCUGGGGAAUAGAUAAUUAUUCAUGGAGAUGGAUUAUAGGGUCCUAAACAGAAGAAGGCAUGUGGGACUUCAACAACUUUCAUCAUUUGCACAAACAGGAAGAAGUUUCCUAGGUCCAGUAAAGGCCACCAAGUUUAUUACAGAUGCAGAGUGUCAUGAAAGUGUGUUAGUCGGAUCAACAGUCAGGCUUCUUGAAGGAUUGGAUCUAACCUGUGCCGUGGGGCACCUUCUCAACGAAGCAGUUCAAGCACAGAAUGUCACAUACAAAACUGGAGCCAGCACUCUUUUGUUUCUUGUUGGUGCAUGGAGCAGGGCUGUUGAAGAUUGUCUCCAUCUGGGGGUUCCCACUACAGUGAUAGUGUCAGUGAUGUCAGAAGGCCUGAACUCUUGCAUUGAAGCAGUUGUGUCCCUUCAAGUACCCAUACACAAUGUAUUUGAUCAUAUUGACAACACAAGUACAGUUUAUAAACUUGAAACCGUUGAUGUCAGUUUGUGUCCCUUUCUACAAGUCCCUUCAGGUUCUGGGUUGUUAGAGGAAAAACAUGAUUUCAAAGAUGCCACAUCUCAAUUGUUGUCCACUUACAGUCUUUCUGGGAGACGUGCUAAAUCACCCGAAUUCUUCAAACCCCAGGCUAAAGUUGAAACAGAAAACACAUCACAAGCUCUGAAAAACAAUCUAUAUACAGAUUCCUUCUGCAGAAAGUCAGCACUAACUCACAGUAGGCAUUUUAAUAGAACAGAAAAUAGCCACUGGAUAAGCAGACCUGAUGGAUUUCUAGAACAUCUUCGAUCAACUCCGAAAGUGCUUAGAUGUAAUGAUUUGGGGGAGUUAGCGGUUGGCUUGAGCCAUGGAGAUCACAGCAGCAUGACAUUGGCUAAAGCAGCAGUGAGGCUGCAGUGGCAGGCUGUGUGUCUGCAGCCGGCCAACUGUAUGGCACCCUUUAUGUUUGAUAUUUCAAGACUACUCACCUGCUGCCUCCCAGGUUUACCUGAAACUUUCUCCUGUGUUUGUCUAGGAUAUGUCACUUCUGUAACCAUGCCUAGUAUUACUCUGAUUAAGGAGUUGCAGGAUCAGCCUUUCCGGGUGAUUCUCAUCGAGGGUGACCUCACAGAGAGUUACCGCCACCUGGGAUUUAAUAAGUCUGUAAAUAUUAGGACAAAGUCAGAUAGUGGGCAGCUUUCAGAAGACAGCACAGAAGAACUGUGGACAAAUCGUGUGUUAGAGGUGUUGAUUCAGUUCAAUGUGAACCUCAUCUUGGUACAAGGAAGUGUAUCUGAACACUUGACUGAAAAAUGCAUGCACAGUAAGCGGCUGGUAAUUGGCUCAGUGAAUGGCAGAGUGCUGCAGGCAUUUGCAGAGGCCACAAGAGCAGUGCCAGUGGCCUAUGUUACACAAGUGAAUGAAGACUGUGUGGGCAAUGGAGUCUCUGUGACCUUCUGGACAGGUCCUCAUGAUAUAAACAGGAGCAACAGAGAAAUCUUGUUAACAGCAGAAGGAAUUAAUUUGAUUACAGCAGUACUCACCAGUCCAGCAAGUGCUCAGAUGGAAAUGAAGGAAGACAGGUUCUGGUCUUGUGUGAAUCGUUUAUGUCAUGCCCUAAAAGAGGAGAAGGUUUUCCUUGGAGGUGGUGCUGUUGAAUUUUUAUGUCUUAGCCAUCUUCAAAUUCUUGCUGAGCAAUCUUUAAAUAAAGGAAACCAUGCUUGUUUAGGAUGGCUUCCUGAUUCUUCCUCUUGGAUGGCCUCAUCUCUGUCAGUCUACAGACCUACUGUGCUGAAGUGUCUGGCAGGUGGGUGGCAUGAAUUCUUGUCAGCUAUCAUGUGCAACACUGCCACUUACCCAUCAGCAGUGGAAGCUAGCACGUUCAUUCAACAUCAUGUACAAAGUGCCGCUGACUCUGGCUCUCCUUCAUCGUAUAUCUUGAGUGAAUAUAGUGAACUAAGUAGUGGACUUUUUCAUUCAGAUAUUUCCAAUAACCUGGAGCUGGUUCCAAGAGUUUAUGAUACUGUUACACCAAAGAUUGAAGCGUGGCGCCGAGCGUUGGAUUUAGUGCUCUUAGUGCUUCAGACAGACAGCGAAAUAAUUACUGGACUUGUACACACACAGAUGAAUUCUCAGGAAUUAGAUGGAGUUUUAUUUUUGUAGUGUGUGUAUAUAUAUACAUAUAUAUAUAUACAUAUAUAUAUACACAUACAUACAUACAUACAUACAUACAUACAUACAUACAUACACACACAUAUCCCUGAGAAGGCCAGAAGAGGGGAUCAGCUCCCCGGAGCUAUAAUUAUAGGUUAUUAUAAGCCACCCAGUAUUGGGUGCUGGAACCCAGCAGUACAAGAGCAGCAAGCACCUUUGAGCCACUUCUCCAGACUUAAUAGAUUUUAAUAGUCAGAUCAUAGUGUGUAAAUUACCAGCUGUUGCCAAGAAUGAAAGAGUUGAUGUCUAUCAAUAACUGCAGUUCUGUAUUUUACCCUAUUUAUGCAGUAACAGAUUAGCCUGUUAUUGUUUCACACGUACUGGGAUGUACACAACAGCUGGAUCAGAGGCAAAGAACGUCUGCUAUUUGUCACAGAGUCUGCAUUCAAAGUGUUGUGUUCUUAACCACUGAGCCAUCUCUCCAGCCCUCAAAGUGUCAUGUUGGCUUUUGUCAGUUCCUUGGCUUCUUCCACAAAAGCAGCCCAGAGGGCCAGUGGCAGGUCCCUGAACAUUGGGUGUUCUCUUGUAGGAAAGGAACAUAGAACUUGUGAUACUCAUUGCUUAAGCAGAAAAAAACCCCACUUGUUUGUCUAACGGGAGUGAUUACAUCCUUCAACGUUUAGUCAAACCAGUCAUGGUCAUGGGCUAGGUAAAGAUUGGUCAAGGCAUUAUAUUCUUUGCAGCUACAGUAAGAAUAGAGAUGUUAUCUGGUUACUUUCCUAUUUGCUGUAAUAAGACAUCAUGACCAAGGCAACUUACAAAAAAAAUUGUUUAAUUUGGAGUAAUGGUUUCAGAGGGUUGGAGCCAUAAUGACAGAGCAGAGAUGUAAUAGGAGCAUCUGAGAGCUUACGUCUUGAUUUGAUAGUGAGAGGUAGAGGGUUGGGGUGCAAGUCUUUUGAAACCUUAAAGACUUCACUUGGUUUAAUAACACACCUCCAAUAAGGCCACACCUUCUCAUCCUUCCAAAAUAGAUCCACUAUGCCUGGCUUUAUUCUUCAAGCACAUCUGUGUGUGUGGUCUCUGUGUUGAUUGUUUUGCUUAUUCGCUUUAUAUCAUGCUCACUCCCCCUCCCAGUCACCCUUCCUUCAUUCUCCCUCCCUUCUCUGAGUGGGUGCCCACCCUGGCACAUCAAGUCUUUGUGAGGCUAGGCACAUCCUCUCCCAAUGAGGCUAGACAGGGCAGCCCAGCUAGAAGAACAUAUUCCACGUGCAGGCAACAGCUUUUGGGAUAGCCGCUUCCCUAGUUGUUCAGGACCCACCUGAAGACCAAGCUGCACAUCUGCUGCAUAUGUGGGGAGGUGGGGUUGGGGCUAGGUCCAGCCUAUGUAUGUUAUUUGGUGUUCAGUCUCUGAGAGCCCCAAAGAUCCAGGUUAGUUGACUCUGUUGAUUUUCCUGUUGAGUUUCUACCUCCUUCAGGGCCCACAAUCUUUCCUCCGUUUCCUUAAGAGUCCCCAAGCUUCACUGGGACUAUGGUUGUCCGCAUCUGUCUGAGUCAGCUGCUGGGUGACUGUCUUAGAGGACAGUCAUGCUAGACUCCUGUCUACAAGCACAACAGUUUCAUUAAUAAUGUCAAGGCUUGGUGCCUACCCAUGGGUCUCACAUUGGGCUGUUAGUGGUUGGCCAUUCCCACAGUCUCUGCUCCGUCCUUGGUCUCUGCAUUUCUUGUAGACAGGGUAAGUUUUGGGUUGAAAGUUUUGUAAGUGGGUUGUUGUCCCGAUUGCUCCAUUUGGAAUCCUGCCUGGCUGCAGGAGGUAGCUUCUGCAGGCUCCAUAUCCCCAGUGUUAUGUGUUACAAUUAAGGAUCCCCUAUUGAUUGAUUCUUAGGUGCCUCCCUUAUCCAUCUCUGUCUCUUCUUGGAGAUGCCCCACACCUUCCCACUCCUGUCCGUAAUAGAUUUUCCAUUCAUUCUCAUGUCCAUCUGGUCAUCCCUCCCCAUACCUGAUCAGGAACACUGCCCCCAUUUCCCUCUCCCCCGCUCCCAUCCAGUUCCCUCCCUCCACCUGCCUCUUAUGAAUAUUUUAUUCCCUCUUCUAAGUGAGACUCAAGUAUCCUCACUUGUACCUUCCUUCUUGUUUAACUUAUUUGGGUUGUUUGUACUGUUGCAUUGGUAUCCUGUAUUUUAUGGCUAAUAACCCAUUUACAUACCGUGUAAGUCCUUCUGGGACUUGGGUUACCUCACUAGGAUGAUAUUCUCAAGAUCCAUCCAUUUGCCUGAAAAAUUCAUAAUGUCUUUGUUUUUAAUAAGUGACUAGUAUUCCAUUAUGUAGAUGAACUACAUUUUCUCUAUCCAUUCUUGAGCUGAGAGACAUCUAGGUUGCUUCCAUUUUCUGGCUGUUACAAAUAAAGCCGCUGUAUACAGAGUUGAGCAAGUGUCCUUGUGGGAUGGUGGAGCAUCGUUUGGGUUCAAGCACAUUUAGAGGAAUGUCUCUUUUCCUUUUGUCUUUUUCAAUCCCACAGCGACUAUUAAUAUUUAAGGAAUGGUUUUCCAAGGCUUCUUAAAUGUGAGUGUCUGUGUCAGUAUAAAUCUAUUUUGACCCCAAAGUGGCAUCAUUGAAGAUACACCAAAUUAUCUAUUUGUAUGAAUUGACCUAUUCAGUAGUUUCACUAACAUCCUUAGGAAGAGUUCUGUGGUGUGACCUUCACCCUGCACAGUGAGUGACCACUGCCUGGUAAUGUGGGGUUUUUUCCCUCUUUGUAGUCAAUCUCAGUUGGGAAGAUGAAGAAAUAUCCUUGCAACCUUGAGACUUAUUACAGAUUCAUAAAGGCUAUUAAUUCUCCCAAGCUUAAAUGUGUAACUCAUCUGAAAUUUAUCUUGGUAGACUAUAUGAAUUAAGAACUUAAGCUUUCUCUCAGUGUUUAUCCACAAUGCUAAGUUUUCAUUGCUCAUUCUGAUAACUCUUAGCAAUGAGAAGGAAAUGCUAGGGGGCAGGGAGAGAGCUCACAUCCACAUUUCUGUUCUUUCUAAAUGGGGAUUCAUAGUAUUUAGCUUUUUAUUUUUAUUUUGGCUACCACAACGCAGCAUGCUAAUUAAAAGGUUAUUACAGUAGCCAAAACAUGAAGACAGCAUCCUUUUCUGAAAGUCCUGUUGCACCUCAUUACCCUCCUAAAGCCUCACUUAGAACAGUUGGUUCUGAAAAGGCCUCGUGAGGCCUUCUUUCCUCUGACCUAUAGGUGGCAGACUUCCUCUCCUGUGGUCCCCAAAUUUCCACAUCGUAUUUAAAACCCUCAAAAUGAAGGAUAUUGUUUUAGGGUAGCACCAGUCUGCAGUGAGAGCUUUUACUGCACAGAGGGCCUUAGUAGGCAGUUCUUUCUUUGUUGUCUGCUCUGGAGGUCACCUGCUUUACAAAGUUUUGGCUUGGGAAAGUGAUUCAGGUUCCCUUGAUCAGUUACCACGAGGUCUUUAAAUGACAAUUGGAUGGCAUCACUCUUAUGAUCUCUGGCUCUAAUGUUGGGACUUAGAGUUAUAGUGAAACCCAGUUAAAAGGAAAAAAUAUAGCAUUGUUUUUCUUAAAGACAGACUUGAAGAUGUAGGUGUACUUAGUGCUACUAAGUUCGGAGGUUAGGAACUAAACUUGGGUUCUUUUCAGAAGUGCUCUUAACAGUGAGACAUAUCUGGGCCUCCAGCAGGUAUGUGAUAAGUGUACAAUAUUAUGACAUGGGCUUGCAAAUGGCCUUGCCUAGCUGUAGGGUAAUGCAUGACUUCUAAGCAUGGUCAGGCAGAGCUCAAGUCUGAUGGUUAGCAGGUUAGAUGUGUAAAUGCAUACACAGUUUCCAGUUGCCAUAGUUCAUUGUAGUGUAACCCAAUGUAAGUUAAGGUCUUCCACACUGUUUAAAGAGCUAAUAAACCUUACCCUAGCUGUCUCCCAUGUGCCAUCCAAAUGACAGGAAUGCUUUUCUAAGGGCCGAACGUCAGCUCUGACUUCUACAAAGUGUUGAUAUUUACCCAAUUGUGAGUUUGCCUGUUCUGCUGCAACACGUCACGUAGCCUAUUUCAGACUGUUCUGGUGUUUGUUGGCCUCUUCCGAAUUUUUUCUCUUUUUUCCACUUUUCUUGGUAAUUACAUUAGAAAAAUUUCCAAUGCAUUUAUUUGGUGUUGUGAGGAAAAUUUUUGUAUGAUCUCUACUAUGAAUUAAAGUGAACUGAGAAGUUCCUGGCCUAUUAACAACAUUGAGCAGUGUGAUUUGAUGCCCAGAAAUGGGUAGAGCUGUUUCCUGUGUACUCUUGAGUAGGAGGUGGGAAAAGCCACUUCUCCAAUGUUUCCACUUUGGAAUAAAUGUGAAAUUAAAGCUAAGACAAGCUAGAUGUAACAGUACAUCCCAGCCAUAGGUGCUGAGGCAGGAGGAUCACAUGAGGUACAUGGAAAGAUCUUGUUUCCAAGAAGGAAAAAGAAAGGGGGGGGGAACCAAUGUAGGUGUGAUACAUUUACCAUUUAUCUUUUAAUUGAAUAAAGCAACCACAGGUUUCUCUAGAAUAAGGAUGUGGCGGGGCGUCUGCCAAACUUCAGAUCUCCAGACCCAGGGGCUGAGCCUCCUUCUGAACUGGAGACCCCUUUCGGUCCUGUGAUCACACAGCAGGAUCAUCAGGAGAGCUAAUACAGCUGCUCCGGGUGUCACUUCUCGCUCCGGGGUGGGAAUGCACACUACUGAUUUAGGGUUUUGUUUCUCUUUGCAUUUAAGACAGUAUACUGAGUAUCCUAGGCUUGGUAGGUGAAGAUUACCUCAGACUAAUCUUCAUGUUUCUACCUCCCAAGUGCUGGACUGGAGAUGUGCACCACCGAGCUCAGUUUGUACAGUACUGGAAAUGGACACCAAGCUUCAUACAUGCUGGGUAAACUCUACCAAUGGAGUCACAGCCCUAGUCCCACAGCAGUGUCCUCACUCCUAUUCCCAGCCAACAGUAGUGUUUAACAAGAACAAAACAAGGCGUGAACACUGUUCAGAAGCACACUUAGAAAAGCCUUUGUGGGCUCCUUAGGUUUUAUUUGAGCCAUACUGGCUGCUUGAACACAUUAUAUGGGGUGCACCAGCCUCAGGAUGGGCAAAGACAUCCAAAGAGUGCCCAGUAAUGACGGCCACCUCCUCAUACGUGGAAUUUCCAGGGACUGAGAAGGAAGACGGAAGCAUUCUAGGAUUAUAUAAAGGUGGUUGUUCAAAAGUAGAUGUGUUUUAAAAAACAUUGAAGUGUACAUUUAAAGUGGAGAAUGUUGGCGUGUAUGUUAUAUAUCUUAAUAGGCACACUAAGACCAUCUUUGUAACUUCAGAGCCAAGGGGCCAGACUCCAGGUUAGCAGCAGUCGGGUGGAAGGUAACAGAGAGGAAGUCAAGCUCUAGGAGCUCCCUGUCUGACGCCUGGUGGUGGGUACAAGAUGAACUUUGUGAUAUACAUAUUCAUGUCUGGUGCUUUGGAAAGAUAAGAAAUGGUUAAAAGAAAUUCAGCCUCCUCCUCCUGAUAAUGAAGGAGAGACCAAGAUUUCACCUAGAACAGCAAGUUUCUUGGGCAUGAAGUCAAUCUUUGAUCGUAGAUAACAAUACAGAACAUUUGACAGGGAAGACUGCAGAAUGUCUGCCCUUGAACUUGAAUAGCUUGCUCUAUACAGUCAGUUCUGCUUUAGGACCUUAUGGCAACUGGUCCCAUAACAUUUGAGACGUAAUCUAGCCUGUUUUUAAUUUGUGUGUGCUUUAAAAAUUCUAUACAGCAAAGCAAGAACAAAUUAAAGCACAGGGGUCCUUGGAUUCCCACAUCAGUAGUGUAUGGAGUAUUUUUCUCAUGGCUGUGACCAUAUGCCUGACAAGAUGCAUUUUAAGACAGGGUUUAAUUUGGUUCUGCCAUGGUAGGAAAAUACAGUGCAGUCCACACUGGUUGUGUAUGACUGGAACUCCUUAUACAUCUCUGACCAAAAAUCAAGAGAUCCUGGCUGGAAGUAGGGUGAAGCUAUACCCCUGCAGGCUGGCUUCCCAACCAGCUCACUUCCUCCAGAUAUAUCCCAUACCCUAAAGGGUCCACUGUGGUGAGAAUUUUGGUUUCUUUAAAACCCAAGUUAUACUAUGUGAACAUGUUCGUGUUUUAAUCCCAGGUGUGGAAAGGAACAUGGGGCUGUUUCAGAUCGUCCAUAGCAGCAGACUGUUUGCCUCAUGUGUGCUCUGGGAUGAGUGUGGAUCUUUGCCAGCCGCAGAUAGUUUAAUUCCGAGCACUCCUGAGGGUAUAAAGGGGAGUGCUCCAAGGGGUACAGGGGCAGCUGCUUCCCCUGUUGCUGCCCCAGCCGCUGCCAGCUCGUCCUGCUGCUGCACUUAUUGUAACUGGUUCACUGUGCAGCUGGAUAGCCCGAGUACGAAGAUUGGACUGGCCCCAAGGAAGUACACCCCUCCUCAGCAGGAAGUAGCCUAUAGAGGGCCACGCCCCUUUCCCCUUUAACCUUCUCUCCCUCUUACCUAGUGGUAGAAGGGAUUGGAGAAGAGAAGGGUGAUAGAUAUAAGAACCGAAAUAAAAUAGUUAAAAACAAAUAAACAAAACAAAACAAAAACCCCUACAGUUCACAACUUCACACCACUACCAGGGACCGGGUGAUAAACAGGCGAACCUUUGAGAGCAUUUCACACCCAUACAUAACAGUAGAUUUCUUGCUACAGAAACUCAGCAAACCUUGUUGUGAUUUUGAGUAGUGCUAAACCACAAGCUAAUUUCCCAUGAGUGUUAUUCUUGUUUGCUUUAUCUUCUUGCCAAUAUCUUUCCCCACUCGCUGCUAAUAUAUCAGCCCUGGACUCUUCCAUGCACUUUUUCUUCACUGAUUGCUUUUCCAGGCGGUGCCACUCGUUUUAUUUUCUUUCUUCGUAGUUUCCUGACUUAAUGCUGCCCUUUAUAUUUCUCUAGCUCUACUCAUAUUUCUAAGACCUCCGAUUUCCGGAAAUGACUACAAUAUUAUUGAGUUCUGGAAAACAGCUUUCUUCUGCAGAUGUGUGUGUAAGCCUAACGGUAUGCACCAGCUUUGUUCCACUCUGACGCCUGCUUCCGUCCGCAGAGCUGAGUCUAUUCCGCAUUGCUGCUGAUUUCACAGUCCACUUUAGACGUAACCCAUCCCCUUUAAGAUGCCUUUCUGAAUUUCCGGAUCUCUUAACUCUGUUAACCACUUGUAUAUUAUACUUUUAUAUUGUUAUGUGUGAAGUUUUAUGCAUUUUAUAAAGAAAUCAUGAAAACUUAAAUCUUGAUCUGUUCCCUUUGGCCUGGAUAACAACAUAAAACACAUGGUAUGAACUUUUUCUGGUUGUUAAUUAUUCUAGUCAUUUUAUUGUUGAUUGACAAACUGUCAGAUCUUUUAUUAAUGAUGCAUUUUAUUUUUAUUUAAAGAACAUAAAAUCACAUAAGGCUUUUCUCAGAUGUAUAGAAUGGAUUGAGUUGCCUGUGGCAGCAAUGCUUUUUUAGCUGGAAGAAAUCAGAUUUCCUCCUUUAAUCUCACUUUACAGACAAGAAAACAGAGGCUAGAGAAAUCUAUACUUGAUAGUUAGGUUACUUUUUAUCCAGAUCUCUUCAUCCCUUCAUUGUAUUUGUGUCAUUUGAGUUUGGAUCCUUGGCACCCACAUAAAAGCCAAGCAUGUAUACAUCUAAGCCGAGUCCUCUGCUGGGGGAAAGGAAGGGCCCACAGGGAGAGGCCUGGGCUCUGGCUGUCUAGCCUAGCCAAUCAGUGAAUCCUGGGUUCAGCAAAAGACCCUGAAAAAUAGAGAGGAAAAGAGGAAGGGACCAUAUGGCUCCCUACCCUUCACAUAUUGUGUGCGCGUGCACACCACACACACACACACACACACACACACACACACACACACACACGGACUCAUACACAUAAAAUAAAAAUCAUAAAACAAAGGGACAUUUUAUCUUGAAAUACACUACAUAGAAGAGAUAGAAAACCAGUAUAGUAUAUGUGUUAUGAAAUCUCUGCUUUCCUAUUCAUCAGCUUGUGAAGUAAGCAUAUAUCAGUGAUGCUACUAGGAAACAGUCUAGGAUAGUCCAGAAAUAGUUUGCUUGUUUUUUAAAUAGAUUUUGACUGAAAGCAUAUUUUUAUUAAAUUUUGAAGGACUAUAUUUAAAAGCUAGGAGUUAUGCUAUAUGUUAUUUUUUUUAAACUAGAGGAUUGCAUUUUAAAAGUUACACCACCCAGAGGACAACUAAAUAUGAACUUGAGUUAAAAAAAAUCAGUCAAUUUCUCCUAGUGAUGAGAACAAGGAGAAGCUUAAGGCUAAAUUAGCAUUGGUGGCCAGACUCCAUCUUGAAAUAAUGUAUGAUGUGGGUGUUAACUCAGUUCUUCAAAUAUGUGUGAAAGGUGUUUGUGAGAAUAUGAAUCCUGUCCUGCCCCUCACCUUGAGUUCCCUGUGUCCUGUGUAUCUGAGGGUUUUCCCUGGUUCAAUUAUCUUAAACCAAUUAUCAAGGAUUAUCAAGCUAAUCAAGACACUGCUUUCAAGAAUGUGCAGUCUAGUGGUGUAACUAAAUAACGGUAAUAGAAAACUACAGUACAUUGGAUACCACAAGGCUUUGGAUAGGAGUUCAAGAGAUGGUGUAAUUUUGUUGGGGAAAUGGAAAGACUCCCACAGAUAAUGUUGUUUUAGUGUGGACUUUGCAGGAAGCUAAAAAGUUUGAAUGGAAGUGGCAGAAAACUUGAGAGGCUUGGUGUGAGAACUGUAUCACGGCAAUGACUCAAUGUAGAAAAGUUACCAAAAGGACUCUCUGUGCAGCUGCAGUGUUAAAAGUGGCAAGUAGCUGGUGACAAGAAGGGUGGGAGAAGUCAAGAAUGAAGUGAAACCCACUGUAGAAAGCCACCCUUUAUUCAGAAAAUGGUGUAAGCCUCUUGGAGACUCUUCAGCAGACAGAUUCUUCAAAGAGACUAAUGCUUAGACAUCAUUGGCUAUAGAGACUAGCCAGCAGGCAUAUGCCUCACCCAGGAAAUCAGAGGAGGGAGGAGAAAUGCAAAAGGGCCCUAGAGAGGCCCAUGCUCAAACAUUCAAAUGUGUGUUCCUAGGAACUUCUCUUCCUCUUAAACUCUCCUCUACAUUGGAAGUCUUCUUUAUACUGGCUUGUCCUGAAAUGGUUUUUUUUAACACUAAAAAAAUGUAAAAUAAAGUAAAUUGAUGGUG